GUAUACAUUACAUAAUGGCGUCGACGUCGGCGAAAGUUUCAAUUGGUAGUCUAUUUUCUGUAUUACUUGUAUUAAUAGCAUUUUAUUUUAAUCAAAAUGGACAUAGUGAUUUUGAGCAAAGACUCGAAGAAACACUGAAUGGACUUUUAAGGGCUGAAAAAAAGGUUUCUCUUAGCUACAAACCUAAAGUGGCAGUAGGUUUUGGGUCAUGCCAAGAUCUUUUUGUGCACAGCAAAGAUGUUUUACUUUUCAAUCCACCACCUAAGAUUCCUGAACAUUUUCAUUCCAUUUCUACGCAGGACGAACUUCUGAAAGUAUUUGCCUAUUUUUUUCGACAUGGUGCUGCAGCAGAGAGGUAUAUAAAGAAUGAAACACUUUUUAAAGAAGUGCUAGAACUGGCAAGUAGGGCAAAUGAUGUGCACUGGGCUAUUGGAGGAAAUGCACCUGUUAUGGCAGCAAGAUUUGCUAAAGAAGGCUGUGAUGUUCUUCUUGGGGCACAGAUGACAAAAGGACUGAAACAGUUUUUACCAGAUGAAGUUAUUAUUUCUGGUCCCUUCACAGAAGAAGAUGACAUCCAUAUUUUACUGGAGUAUUUGGCAGGAGAAAGAUGGGGUCCGUAUUUAGCAUCUCGAGCAAAUAGGUUUAUUGUACAUAAUGACCAUAGUAACCCUCAUCUGAUGUCCAUUCAUGGCUUUGUUAAACAUCUAGAAACUUUUAAUCCCAACUUGCUUGUUGUAGGAGGUUUGCAAAUGAUGGACAACUUUCCAUUUCAGCCCCAAUUGAGACGAGAAAAACUCAUGCAAGUAAGCGAAAUAUGUUCACGACUGCCCCAAGAUACCAAAGUCCACUUUGAAAUGGCUUCUUUCACAGAAGAAGCGCUGUUACACGAUAUAGUGGAUCUUAUCAUACCUUUUGCAGACUCUCUUGGAAUGAAUGAGCAAGAACUGCCUAAUUUCUAUCAUAUUCUUAAAUAUGGCAAUGUGACCCUGAUCUCCGAGGCCACACCAAGAGUCGCUACUGUGCUUGAUCAGAUGAGAGAUGUUUUUGAUAUUCUCCAAGAAACAUGGAAGAGAAGUGGCCAAAGAAAACUAACUCGUCUCCACGUUCACACGCUGGCUUUCCAGGCCAUCAUGACGGAGAAAGACUCCUCGUGGAAGAACACAAUGUCGGCAGCAGCCAAAGCCGCACUGACGGCUCACCGCCACACCUGUGGCUCACAUAGAAUUGAUACUGCUAAAGCCAAGUUGAUUCUGGAUGAUGCCUUUACUAGCUCCCUGAGAAAUGAUGCAAAACGGAUCCCCGUUAAAUCUAGCAGACCCGUUUCUUGCUGGGACGAAGGAGACAGGGAAGUGUGUGUGGCUCCAGUAUUGGUGUGUACUGAAGUCUUACAGACUGGAGGAGGAGGUGACAAUAUAUCAUCUGCUGGUUUGGUUUUUCAAAUUUAACUUUUUUUUUUCUUUCUUAAACUAGGUUAAUUGUGAUUAUGGGUUUGAAUAAUGAAUCAAAAAACAAAUAUAUUUUCUCUUCAUUUACCAAAUAAAAAAAAAAAAUUGCCCUCCAUAAUAGAAUAUUAAAAUAAAACUGAAGUUUUAACACAUAAUACUUGAGCUCUUUUUAUAUUUUCUUGUUUUGUCUUUUUAAUCCAUACACGUAGAUUUGAUCUUUUUCCAUUGUUCAUUGUAAUAAAAGAAGGAUUAUUUGAUGUUGGACCAGAAUAUUUUUGGUAAGUGAAAAUGGGAACUGCUUUGUCUAUGGGUUAAUUUGUAAAUGUCGUAUUUUUCAUGUACUUACUUUUGAAGAAAUUUUUGUCAACUUAUUUUUUGUGGUUAAAUUACUACUUAACAUUUGCUAAGCAUUGGGUUAUUCAAUUACUACCUACUGUAAUUGUGCGAGUCAUGCUGGAACAAGAGUAAACUGUAGUUAGUCCUAGAAGGAAGCUUUCUGUUCACUUGAUUUUUAAUAUAUGGAUAAAUUUCUGAUCUUUUUUUUUUCCUGAAUAUUUAUUGAAUUACGUUCAGAAAUGAAGCCAUUCUUACUUCAAAUCUUGAUUUCUAUCCGCUUCUUGGCAGCGAUCUCUGGGAACGUUUUUGAUAGAAAUUUAGCUAGGUGAUUUCUCAUUGAAAAGAACACCAGUUAUACUGUCUGAAUUUGAUUGUUAUUACGCAUUGUAACGUUAAUUGUUUGACGCAACUGUGGAAUGAAUUGCUUAAUGGAAAUGGCAUGCUUGUAUAACACUACUGAUUUAUGUACGUUUGGUACAAGUGACUUUUUGUACAUACAGUUGUCUCUUUGUAUCAGGUUAAAGUUCAAGCAAUCACAGUUCGAUAUCUUUCUAUUUAGUGAUAUUGAUAUGCUCUUGAACAUGGUUUUAUUGAAGCACAGAAUUGCAAAAUUGUUUUUUAGGACAGUAUGGUGCAGAAUAGUGGAAUCAUUGUGAUAUUAGUUAUAUUGGAGGGUAGUUAAAAAUUUUAACAUAUACUUGUAUGUUGCAGUGAAGACAAUCAAAUUCACUAAAUAUUACUAAGCAGUGGUGGGUUGUUACAAUUGAUAAGGGGAUGAUUGUCAUCUGUGAGAAAACUAUGAAUUUGGAUAACCUACUUCUUACAUUGUAAAGAAAUUAUAAUUGAGAAGUAUUUCUAGACAGCACUGUGAAAAGAUGAUAACUUGGGAGUGUUUUUACACGGCAGUUUUAAAAGGCAAUAACUAGGGAGGAUUUCUACACGACAGCAUGGAAAAGCCAAUAACUUCAGAAGGUUUCUUCUUAGUUCAUAUGAAAAAACUGAAGACUGGAGGAGAUUUCCAUUCAUCACUAUGAAGACAAUAGGAAAGGGUGUUAUUCAGCAGUAUGAUAAAGAUGACUGAAUAGGAUUUCUUGAUAAUAUGAAGAGAUUAUUACUAGAGAGUUUGCACUCAACAAUCUGACAAGCUUAGAACUAGGGAGGAUGAAUAUUCGUUACCAAUAGGAAAUUAAUUUUGGAGAAAGAUACUAUUAUUAGAAAAGUAUAUUGUUAGAGCAGCAUUUCCCAACAGGUGGUUCUAAAACUUGUAGGGGUUCAAAAGAGGAUUCUGAGAGAAAUAUUUGGUAAUGGCAUCUUUUUUUACUUUCCUGGUUCUACAGUUCUUACCAAUAUUUUAAUUUCCUUCAAAUUAUUUAAAAUAUUUAUGUAAGGAAAUAGCUGGAUGCAGAGCCAGAUUUAAGACUAUCUCUCUCUCUCUUCUGUUGUGUCGAACGUUAAAGCACCGUGUUCUUCAAAACAAGUUCAGAAGUCUCAUUAGUUUUAGUUAAAUGGUUUUGUUUUGAAUUUUUUCAUUAUGUUCCAAGAAUUAUAUUUCAAUUUUACUGGGUACUAACACUGAUUACAAUAUGAGAUUUUAUUGUAAAAGUGUUACAUUCUAUGUGUUACAAAAACUUUUUAUGUUCAAUAAAUUCAACACAUUCAAAAGUAAGGGAUUCUCAAAGAGAAAAAAGUUGGAAGGUACAGUGUUAGAGGAAGGGUAAUUUUUAAGUGUUGGAAGGUUGCUGGUGGAAUUCUAAGUAGAUUAUUACCAUAACAAUAUUACCGAGAAGUCCGACAGUGUUGGAUGGUAAUUGUAAAAGAAGAAUAUUUGUUGAGUAUGUAAUUUUACUCAUCUGUAGAUUAUAAUCAAUUGUCAUUAUUGUGAACAAUCUGUUUAAUCCAGUAAUUUUCACAAAACCUUUUUGUUUAUAGUAUAGUGGAUAAGUUUGGUUGUGAUGUUAUAGAGUAGAAUUAAUAGUUAUGUUCAACUUGAAGAUGAUGUUUCUCCUGAGAAUCCCGAACUUCUGAAAUACUAAUAAUUUAUUUAUGUGCUAGGAUUAGAGACGGUGAGUACAUUUAGGAUUAUUUGAAUGAUCUUGAUAGGAUAUAUUUAAUUUCAAAUGUAAAGUAACUUAGUUACCUGUCUUUAGUAGGUGUUGAUUCAAUCAUUCAUAAGAUGAAGAAUUGUUACAGGUAGAAAGUUUUGUAACAAGUGAUUGAACAUUUUAUUCAGACAAUUAAUGACUUGAAAUAAUUGGCUUAUAUUUUUCUCAUUCUUAUAUUGGAAGGCGUUUAUUGGCUCUCAUUUGAUGCUUGUUAAGGUGGGUUGGCUUAUUAUGGGGGGAAGUGUAAUUUUCUUUUUUUUUUUGCCUACUGUCAUAUUAUCCCUGCCUGUAUUGAAAGUUACUUUCAAUUUCCAGUUGAUACUCACUGCUUUUACCGUUCUUUCAUUCCAUUAAGAUAUUUAGUUAAAUUAGUAUCUGAAUAAUAGCAUAUUUUUCGUACAAAUGUUUAACAGUUUAAGUGCCAAUUUCGUUGUAUACUUUCAAUACUACCUUGUACAUAAAGUGUCUUUGUUUUAAUUUAGGAGUGUACGUUUGUGUAACUACCACUGAUAACUCCUUAUUUGUUUAGAAUAACUGUUUUUAUUUCUGAUUAUAAUUGUUUUAAAUAAUUCAUAUUUCUUUGUGCAUACUAUAAUGGUUACAUAUGUUUUUAAUGGUUACCUUAUUAUAAAAGGGUAUAUUGGACAGAGGAAACAUUUUCAGGAUAUACAGUUCUACGGCUUUCAGAGGUAUAAACUGCUGUUCUAACUUUUGAACGACUCAAAAAAUCUUAUGAUAACGUGUUUUAAUGAAAAUAUAUCUGCUUGACCUCAGAUGUAUAACUUUUGAUGGACUAACCUUUUAAGAAAAAAGAGAACUUUUAAGUACACAGCAAGAGUGAGUUUCUUUGUAAUUGUAAUGAAUAUUUGUGGUGAAAACAGUAAAUAUAUUAAUUUAUUUUAUUUCUUCUAGUGCAAAAUAUUUAACUAAAAAAUAAUUACAUUUUUUUUUUGAGAAACUAUGAGGAAAUAUGAAGUUUGAAGAACCUUAUGCAAUGAUUGAUUACUUAAAGACCUUCUAAAUGAGACAAAAUGACCUAAGCUCCAUAUAAGAUGUUUUAUUCCCAUGCUGAUAAAUUGUACAUGUCUACAAUGGAAAGUAGCAGAGUGUUGACAAGUUUUAACACUGUUUUAAACUUGAAACUAGGAGAGGUAUUUUGUAAGAUAUCCCUUAGAACAGUAUAACACCGUAAUGCUGAGUUAUUAACGUAUUGUGGUUUAAGUGUCUCUGAAGAUCUUGCAAAAGCUAUAUGACGGAAACGGAACAGUGUAUUAGCUGGACUCGUAAAUUCUGACAAUCUGUAUCCAUGCAGCAAGUAGAUUGUAAAAACAAAUAACUUAGGCAGUCAUCUUGAAGGGUAUUGAGUGGAGAAUCUCGUAUCAUCCCAUCAUUACAGACAUCUUAACGAAAACUAUGAAUCACGGUACAGUUUUUGUUUGUUAAAGGAGUCAUUUACAGGUCUCUCUCACUCUUUACUUUAACACUUUAGUACAAACAGUAAAGUGAUAACCGAGACAGAAUGGUACUUUUGUUUAAAGAUUUUCACAUGUAUUGAUAUAAGGUUUUAGUGUGUAAUUAAAAAGGGAAUCUACAAUAUUCUUGAUGACUGAGAUUAUAAAUGUGUAUAUAUAUAUACAUAACUGAAUAUGGUAUUAUCACCAUCUUGAUAUUGUAACUACGUACGUACUCGUAUUGUCAGCUAAGAAAAGGGCUAAUAUUACAGUUUGAGAACUAUUUAAAUUCCAUGAAUUUGUUAUGAUCACUUCAGUUAAAAAGUCAGUGUACUAAUUAUGAGGGAUUAUAAGCACAGCAAGUAAUGUUGUAAUCUGUUGUGUUGAUUUAAGACUGUAUGUUUCAUAUUUGCAAUAAAAUAUAGUAAAGUACGAACAACAAUCCUACAAAAAAA